CAGAGUGGACCCCGGGUUCCCCCCACACCCUCCGCCGCCGAGUAAGUACGGCCCCAGGAAACGGGGCGCAGUGAGACGUCUCCACCUUUUGCGCAUCCCGGUUUAUACUUAACGGAGGACGAUGUUGAGCGGUGAUGGGAGAGCCAGGCUGCGGCACCGAGGGACAAGAGGUAACGAGGAGGCGAAGUGAACGAGUGCUGGAGCCAGGAGCAGGGGAAUCGUGGAGCUGGUGCAUGAGGCCCUCAGGUCCUGCUAGGAGAACCCAUGGAGCCAAUCAUCACACCCUUGCACUCCUCCUCUGCGCCUCCGCUGGGUGAUGAUGGCGAUGGGGAGGCUGGAUCAGAGGAGGACGAGUUUGGAGACUUUGGUGGAUUUUCUGUCGGGGUGUCCUGCUCUCCUUUGGGCUUCGCUGAUUCCUCUAAGCCACCUUCCGGCCUCAGACAGCCUUCCCCUACCACAAAGCCAGCCACAAAUCAACCAGACUGCAGCUUUAAUCACCCAGCUGAAAAAUCCCAGCCUACAUCCAUUGUGAACUCAGGUUCCGGCGGGGGCCAGAUAGACGUGGAAGGGCAGGAUUGUAAUGCUGAAUCCUCUUUGCACCUCACAAACGGAUAUGCUGAAGGAGACCGCAACUAUUGGGCCCAGAAUGCUUCUGUAGCGGGUACUUGCUCUCCCAAGGAGGAAACGGGGUUUGCUGAUUUCACUGUGUUUACGGAGCAGGCAGCACACCCCUGGUGCUGUGGCUUCUCUCCCUUAGGCAGCACAGAGCAGUGGGCUGGCAGAGUGGAAGGGACAGACUUGCGUGACCAAAUCCGUGAUCCAGGUCAUGAGGUCAUUAUGGACUCUGUGCCUAGAUUUCAUUGUGCGUACGAGGCAAAAGAAAAUGUUUGCACUAAGGUCAAGCACUGUGAGAAAAGAGAUGCAGCACUCAUGCAACCAUCUCAGGACCACCAUCAGCCUCAGGAAGCUACAGCAGCUUUGGGAUUUCCAUCUGAGAAGCCUCAUCUUGGAGAAGAGGACGUAGGCAAGCGCGGGGACAGUUGGAGGGAAAGGAGGCGUAGUCUAAAUCCCUCACAAACCUCAGAGGUGCAGGAGGAUGGAGAGUGCGAGAAAGAUGGAGGGAAGAGCAUCUCUACUGUCCCCCAAACAUUCAGUGUGUAUGAUUCUGCUUCGGAGGACCCGGCAUCCGUCUGUGAUGAUUUGUCACUUGAGGGUGCUUCUGCCGACUCGGAGCCAAAUGUUUCGUCUCUUUCUUCACAAGGGGAUCAGACAGACGGGGACCAGACUGAUGACGAGGAUGAAGAGCUGGGAAGCUACAGGCAUUCCGACCCUUUUGUCAUAGGCAGCAUGGCAAAUCUCAGCCGAUCCGAGGCAGAGAAGGGUGUUGGUCAUUGCAACCAAUCUGCGACUCAGGAAACUUCUGCUACCUCCGACCAGUCACAUUCUGUAACAUAUACACCAGACGAAUUUGCAGACUCCACUGACAGUAGUUUUGAGCACCACGACGACCAAGAUCGUGUCCAAACACCUGAUGUAAGGGUGCGGAUUCUAGGGAGCCUCCCACCCAGUGACAGCUUUGCAGAUUUCUGCUCAGCGCCCACACAGGAGGAUGGAGAUGGGUGGUGGGCGGAGUUCCAGGACCAGAGGGCUCAGGAGGAGGGAAAAACUUCGACACAGCUCCUCCAGGGUGAUGGGGAUACUGAGGGAGAACGGGACAGAGUGGGACAAUAUGGAGUUUUAAGGAGAAACAGCUGUCAGGAGUCAUUGUCCUGCCGUGUCCAGCAGCUCAUCUGCGCCAGUUUCCCAGAGGUAGCGGUCCCAGCUGUGGAUUGUGAGGAGGUGGCGCUGAGCCUUGGUGCUUUGCUUCACACGCAACACUUCCCUGAGAGUGGGGAGGAGAAGAUGCCAGAACUCGGCGGUGCUCAGUGGGUUCAGCGGGGCCUGUGGUGGCCACACCAAGAUGUCACCAGUGCAGUUGGCCUCCAGUUUCAGUGGGCUGUUUCCCACACCAAGAGAACUCUGCUCAGGUGCCUCGGUGUGGACACAAGGAACACUGGAAUGCUAGAGCCUAUCAAAGAGUCCGUGCCAGCUGUCUGUCCUCCAGGAUACACAGCAGUCACAGCACAAGCACCUCCAGGGCCCCAGGACAUACCGGACCCCUCCAUGCAGGAGGCACUCCCUUCCAGCCAGCUGGACUGGAGCAGCCGUGGCCUUAGCAGCUCUCAGGACGGUACGUCCCCUCGCCGAGCCCCUCACUUCUGGGGCCGGAAGUAGACUACCAGCCAUCCCUUACACGGCUUCUGCUAAUAAUCCAAAACUUUUGAGAGUUUACUCUGGGGUUCCUCUGGACUCCUCCUCACCUCCUCCAGGGCAUGUCUGCUUCUUUUGAUUUACAAUGUGUUUCCCCUCCACCCAGUCAGCAGUAGUGGGGGACCACGCCAUGUUGUGGAAAAUAAGACAUUGUGAUUCAAUUGAAUUUCUCCUCAUGAAUAACAAAGUCAAACCCAGUGUUCAGAAAUCAUGUUGUUGUCAUGAUUUCUGCUAACGAGAAAACUCUGAGAGGUCUAAUAUCCAACAGACCCAAAACUGGGACCAAAAGUAAAACAGAUGUGCAAGCAAACUGAAAGAAUUAGACAUCAGUCUGAAUUGUUCACAGGGGAAACACUGUACCGCCGUCCCUUUUCUCCCCCCUUCAGUUACUCCAGUGUCUCAUCUUAACCUGCUGUCACCUUUUUGGGAAAGAAUUUAUCUCAGUAUUUAUCAGACCCCGAUGUGAUGGGGAAGCCCUGGGGUGUCCGUCUUGAAGUGGUAACACCUGAUAUGGGCGAAGGCUACUUGAUUCAAUGGAUGUGUUUAUCCAGAGGACCAUUUUUAUUUUAUUUAUUGGUGACCACCGUUGAGGAUGAACUCCCACCUCUAAACCAGUAGUAAUACUGCGGUCUACCUUUUGCCCAGUGCGUGGCUAUAUUAUGCACGUACACUUAGCCUAUAAAUCUGACAGUAUCACCCAGUUUUCUGCUUUUUUUCUUUAUAUUUUGAUGGAAACCAUGUAUUUGUUCAUAUCCGCUUGUAAAGGGGGUCAUCGUGCCCUCAGUUAUGUUGGUCACCUGUGGAGAAACCAAAAAAGUUAUUGUUAUUUUCAAAAAGUCAACAACACAGGUAAUAAGUGUUAUUCUUUGCUCAGGAAAAUUUUACUAGUUUAAUUUAAUUAGCUUCAGAUUUAGUACAGUAGUGUUUUGUACAGAAAAGGUUUCUUUCUAAUUUAUCCUAAAACGUAAAUUCUAAAAGUAAUCAUGAAGAAGAUCUAACCAAUAUGAUGACAAAAACAAAACAGAAGAAAGGCCAGGAAAAAGGCAGAGUACCAGAGUUGGCAUGUGUCUUUGUGUCCAUGUAACUUUGUUUUUUUUUUUUUUUUCAGUAAAUCUUUAAACUUGCAUGUUGUUGCAGAUAACACGCUGGUAGUUUGGGAAAAAAAAAAAAAAUCUGAAUAUCCAUUGGCUUACAAAACGACAAAAACCGCCAUCAUCUGAGUUUGCCUUUUAGAACAGGGGCUGACAGCGUACUUGGUGGUACCAUCUGUAUUGCUGGUGCAUGUGUUUGAAGUGGGCAACACGGAAGUAUGCUGAAUAAUUGUGUCUGAUUUAAAGAAGAACUUUUUAUCGUAGCCGGUUGCUCAUAAAGAUAAGGAUUCAAGGAUUCAAAUGUUUAUUUUGUCACAUACAUAAACGAUACAAAAGGCUCCACGAGUCAUUUCCGAGAAGGCAACUGGAUGAGUUGACUCCAGCGGUUCAGACAACACUGACAUUUAGAUUCGACAGAGGCACCAAUCUGAGCUUAGAAAAAGCCGUUUUUCUGCCCGGUUCCCAUGUUUGCCAGCGUCAUUUACGUCCCGUCUUCAGUGUCACUCUCUUGAUCCAUUCAAAGCAACAACCCAAGCAGGACAAAUGUUCAGCGACGAAAUGACAUGUUACAUGAAUGUUGUCAACAGAACAGUGUUGCAGUAAUAAAGUAUGCACAGCAGAGGGCAGCGAAAAGGUAAGAACAUAUUUGCUGCAUUUACUGUAGGAACAAGUUAAAAGAAUUUUAACAAUUGAAGGGCAACCUGUGUAAUCAGCCACAAAAACAACAAACAUGCACGUCAUACAUUUUAAUGUUUGUUUGUGGCCUGUUAUAUUUAUUUCUUAAUUUAAUUAUUUUUUCCAUAUGGUUGGUUAUAUGAAAUGGUUAUAUUUGGAGAUUUUAUUUAUUCCGUGAUUACAUUAACAUGUCCAGGGGACCACUGUCACAACACAAAGGAAUGAUGUAUCUCAGACAUUAUUUCACAGUAAAAACAAGACAAAAAAUAGUGACACGGCGGAAG